AAUAAGUUAAGCUCCAACUUCAAAUUCCUCAAACUCGAGCUUAGUAAAAUUUAUUAACCAAAUUGGAGCUAUUCAAAAGAAAACUGUAAUUGAAGGAGAAGGCAUACUUUGAAAAUAAAAUCCUGGAGGCUGUUGAGGCAUUUAAGCAAACACUUGUUGAUCUAAUCAUCGAGCAUCUUUCGAAGGCGGUCUUUAAUAUAAUCUUUACGGGCUUUAGCUCGGGCUUGUUGAGGAGCUAUGUUAGCCAUGGACAGGUGAGCUCCAUACCAAAACAGUGAAGCGCCGGUGAUUAAGAAUCCCACUGUCACUGCUAAUUGCUUCCGCGUUGGUGGAUACGACCAGAGCACCAUUUGGGUUUUGCUAGUUCUUUUCUGCUAGAGAUUUGAGAUGAUUGGGAAAAAAAAGAGCGAAUUGGGGGGCUAAGGGUAAGUUUAAGAAUGGGCCGUCGAUAGCCUUUACUGUAGCGGACAUUUGAUUUUGGCCCAAUACAUUGUUUAUCAAUUUGCUGCUUUGCGAUUUGUGUUCUGUUCUCCGUUCUCAGAAACACCAAAUAAAACCAGCAGAGCAGCCAUGCCAGUGAAUCCAUGUUCCUACAGGAUCCAUGCCUUUAAACUCUCCUUCUAAUCCUUCAAUUCGCUCUCUUAUUGAUUCCUGCAAAACUGUCGGCCACCUCUACCAGUUCCACGCUCACGUAAUCCACAAGGGAUUCGAGCAAGAUCACUUUAUCGUUUCCCACCUCCUCACCCGCUCCGCUUCUGUUUCCUAUGCCUUGUCCAUUUUUGAUUGCGUCUUCACUCCCUCCACUUUCCUCUAUAACAUUCUUAUCAAAAUCUACUCCCACAAGUCUAAAUUUCACGAUACAUUAUCUCUCUUUAUCCGGAUGAAGCGAAGUGAACACGCAUGGCCGGACAAGUACACGUAUCCUUCUCUUAUAAGGUCUUGUUCGAACGAGUGCAGAUUAAAGGAAGGCGAAAUUGUUCAGGGUUCGGCGAUAAGAUGUGGGGUUAGUGACGAUAUUUAUGUUGGAUCUAGUUUGGUAGAUUUUUAUGGAAAAUGCAAGGAAAUGUUGUCUGCACGCAAGGUGUUCGAUGAGAUGACUGAGAGAAACGUGGUUUCUUGGACGGCAAUGGUCGUUGGGUAUGCCAAUGUUGGGGAUUUGGAUAAUGCGAGGAGAAUGUUUGUUCAAAUGCCGGUGAGAAAUUUAACGACGUGGAAUGCUAUGGUUGAUGGAUUGGUGAAAGCAGGAGAUUUGCUUAGUGCGAGGAAAUUGUUUGAUGAAAUGCCUGAGAGAGAUGUUGUUUCUUUUACUGUAAUGAUUGAUGGGUAUGCGAAGGUGGGGGAUAUGGCAUCUGCGAGGGCUUUGUUUGAGAAAUCUCCGGAGAGAGAUAUCUUUGCGUGGUCAGCUUUGAUUUCAGGAUAUGCUCAAAAUGGGCAGCCUAAUGAGGCUGUGAAGAUAUUUCUUGAAAUGGAGUCAUUGAAUGUGAAGCCUGAUGAGUAUAUAAUGGCAAGCUUGAUGUCUGCUUGCUCUCAAGUGGGUAGUUUGGAUUUAGCAAAAUGGGUUGAUUGUUAUUUGUGCCAAAGCUCGAUUGAUAUUGGUCAGACUCGCAUUAUUGCUGCCCUUAUUGACAUGAAUGCCAAAUGUGGGAACAUGGAAAGAGCAAAAAGGUUGUUUGAAGAGAUGCCUAAACGAGAUAUUAUCUCAUAUUGCUCUAUGAUUCAAGGAUUGUCCAUUCAUGGGCGUGCCGAAGAGGCUGUUGAAUUAUUUAAUAGGAUGCUAAAUGAGGGAUUAGUUCCUGAUGAGGCGGCAUUUACUGUCAUUUUGACAGCUUGCAGCCAAGGAGGGCUUGUUGAAGAGGGUAGGCAUUUUUUUGAAACAAUGAGAAAUGAAUAUUCUAUGGUUCCCUCCCUUGACCAUUAUGCAUGUAUGGUUGAUCUUCUUAGCCGAUCAGGAGAGCUAAAAGCAGCUUUUGAGCUUCUAAAUUCGAUGCCUGUGGAACCUCAUGCAAGUGCUUGGGGUGCACUUCUUGGAGCUUGUAAGCUGUAUGGUGAGGUUGAGUUGGGGGAAGUUGUUGCUAAGCGAUUGUUUGAGCUUGAACCCAAAAACUCUGGUUCUUAUGUGCUGUUGUCCAGCAUAUAUGCUGCAGCAGACCAGUGGCAGGAUUUCGCUAUUGUUAGGGACAAAAUGCAGGAGAGAGGGUGUAGGAAAAUACCUGGCCGUAGUUGGAUAUCUCAUUAUAGAUAAGAUCUCUUGGCCCUGCCUCAAUGACCCCAUUUGUCUGUCCAGAAUCAGGAGAAAACAAUAACUUGUUCUAGAUUCUUUUAUCCUGGAAGGACAGGCUUGAGGAACUUAAACGUGGAUUCUAACUACACAUUGGAUUCCAAAUCGAUUCAUGUGUUUUUCUAAAGAUUUUUGGGCCUCUAUUCUGAAUUCCAGCUUCAUGUAAUUAAACAUGGAGGAAGUGCAUUUUGACUGUCCGGCUUCCAAUUGCCACCUCAAGUUAGUGUCAGAAAUGUGACCAUUUCGUUAACGAGAGCCUCAUAUUUUUUUGACGAAUCAAAUUUGAUGGAAAUGGGGACCAAGAACCAAAAAUAUAUACCAGAGAGAGAGAGAGAGUUUACCUGCAAAGGGAGAGCAUCAUAUCAGCUCUGAGGGCGAAUACUGGUUUCUCUCCCGACCCAAUAGAGGACACAGCUCCAGUUUUGGCAACAGGCCAUUUAUGCUCGAUUCCAAGCAAGUCAAGCUCAAUCCUGAUGAGCUGACUGGUUCUGCGCUCCUCAAAUCCCAGCUCUGGAUACUCGUGGAUUCUCCUUCUAUCCCUCUCAUACACUCAAGUAACUCAGUUUCUCUCGCUGAUUCCAACAACUCCCUUGUCAGCAACUUCAUCCCUAUUCCAGAACCAGUGUCCAAAGUCCAAGAAUGAUACAAGAAUGCUGCUACUGAUAAGCAGAGGAAGCAUACUGAACUUACACCCAUGAGCAGCAUACUGAACUUACACCCAUGAGCUCAGCAGCAGCAAUAGUCAUUCUUGUCACAGAAAUACAGAUUUUAAGUGACUGAUUCGUUGAACACAGGUCCUAUGACCAAGGUCAUGUUUUUAUUUUGUUGAUAGAAUGCUUUCAUAAUGAAACAUUUUUAUCAUUUAUC